AACAAGACCCAGUGUUAUUACGUACACUUGUGAACUGCUACUGUUCAACAGCGCUAAAAUGCCGAGGUCUUUCUUAGUUAAAAAGAACCCUGAGAGGAAGGCUCCUUCGAGUCGAAAUGAGUCCUACCAAGAGAAAAGCUAUGGUUGCCAGAUUCAUGGCGCGUCUUCGCGUCUUUCCGAUGAUAAACAAGACAAUAGACCGAAGCAGGACACACGAAUACAGUUUUGGAAUGGGUUAGGAACAAAAUGUAUCUAUCCUGCUGAUGUUACUAGCAUUCCUGGCGUCAACCAGCUCACAAACGUCCCGAAACCUCCCGUGAAAUUUGAGCGCCCGAGCGAACCAGAUGACAGAUGCAACGGUGAAGAAUACUUAGACUGCCAAGGAUCUCAAGCAAGCACGGACAGUGAGCGUGCAAGACACCAAUGCAAUCAAUGUAAUAAAUGUUAUACUACUUUAAUAGGACUGGUCAAGCAUCAGCAAUAUCACUGCUCAUCUCACCACAAGAAAACGUUCACCUGUAAGCAGUGCGAUAAAAUCUACGUAUCCUUGGGAGCCCUAAAAAUGCAUAUAAGAACCCACACCCUGCCAUGCAAGUGCAAGAUAUGCGGUAAGGCGUUUAGCAGACCAUGGCUACUUCAAGGUCAUAUUCGUACACAUACCGGGGAAAAACCCUACGAGUGCCCGAUAUGUAAACGAGCAUUUGCAGAUCGUUCUAAUCUACGUGCGCACAUGCAAACACAUGCAGAGGUUAAGAAGUAUUCAUGUUCAAGGUGCGCCAGAUCGUUUUCAAGAAUGUCGCUGUUGGUUAAACACGAGGACUCAGGCUGUCUUUCUAUCGCUCACAGUACGUGAUUUGAAUCCAGUUAGAAAACACGUUACAAAGGACAACAAUUGCCGAUUAAUAGGAAAAUUACGUUAAAAACCUUUUGAUAUUAUCUCGAAUAGUUCUGAAGCUGCCAUAGAAAAGCUCAGUCUUAAACUUAGCAAUAAUGAUACUAAACAAAGUUAUUUCUUUUUUUUAUCUUCAAGCGGAAAACUGCACGGCUUAUAGAUCAAUUAGACCAGGGGACUAUCAAGUCGGCUUUUUGCAUACGCCGCGCGCACUGAUGUUUAUCGUAAAAUGUUAAAUUUCAAGUCAUUCAGCGCUCUUCCCUGUUCCUGUUUAAUAAUAUUUAUCAAUGUAAAAAUGUGGAUAAAAAAGAAGAAAGAAAAUACGGUGUUGUAGUUAACAGGUUGUGUUGGAAUGUUGCACUUGAAAGUUGAUAUCAAAGCCGAUAAGAUACUAUAACCUCAGUAUAAUGUCUCGAAAACAAUCUACUUUUAUUACGCCUAAUUACAAACCAACUUUUACCAAACCGAACACAGGAAAUGACUCAGGCCUCGAGAUUGCAUGAUGCUGAGGUUUUUUUACCCACAGGAACGUUUAUACAAAGUUUAUCUUGAAAUUGUUGUGAUUAAAGAAAGUUUUGUCAGAUUUGAA